CAUGGUUUCCAGUCAGUUUGAUAAUAUGCAUCAUUUGCUUCUCUUAAACAGUUUGUAUGCAGCAGAGAUGGUAUGCAGCCGCAAUAUCUUCACACCAAGGACAUUGUUCAUCGGGAUCUUAAACCGCUAAACAUCCUUCUGACUGAAGAGGGCCAUAUCAAGAUCACUGAGUUUGGUCUUGCAGCUGAAAAUAUGUUUGGUGCUGAUGAAGAAGAAUUACGACGCAGGGAUAGAGUGGUGGACUCUUUGCCAUAUAAUAUUUACAUUGGCCACUCCCAGAAUGCAUUUUCUCCAUCCUGAAAAACCCACCAGCCUUUCCAGUUUGCAUGAACAGUAGGCUAAAGGUCUGAAUAAGGAAUAUGAACUAGGACAAUAUAUUGAUAUAAGAAUGGCUUAUGUAUUUUAAUGUGUUUUUAUCUUCUAGUGGCUAUUAAAGACUCUACAGGCACAAGUGGAAAUGUAGAGCCAGAAUUAUUUUUCUUCACUAAUUAAGACUGUUAUAAACCUGUGUUUUAAUGAUACUUUUUUAGCUUGAGAAAGGACUAGAAAGGUCCAUAAUAUCACUUCUGUGCCAUAUGUGAAAUAAAGGCAGUUUUAUUACUAUU